AGAAUUAGGUUUUGUUUCAGUUUUUACGCUCGUAUGCUCUCUUACUGUUCUAUCUUCCUUUUCUCCUAAAACCCCAAAACCAUCCUGACUUUGCCACACCCAAGACCACCGACAUUCCACCUUCCGGCAGCUUUUUCCGGCAACUCGGCACCGUCAUUCCUUUUUUCUCAAUCGUUUAGUUCUGGGUACCGAAUAUCUUAGGACCUGUCCCGAAGAAGAGGACAGGGAUUGAAACUGCCCUAAAUUGUAUCAUGGCAGAAUCAGAAAACAACCUCCAACCUUCUUCACCACCAAUGGAUGAAACCAAUAACAAGAAUAAAAAGACAAAGAAGAAGCACGAUAAAAAGAGACCCCGUGAUAUUGCUGAGGAGAAGCACGUAGAACAAGAAGAAGAGAAUGGGAACAAUAAUAUUAGUAAUGAAGAAUCCUCGAAAAAGAAGAAGAAAAAGAAGGAGGUUGAAAUAGAAAUUGAAGUGGAAGAGACAAAGGUGAAGAACAACAGUGGUUCUGGAAUUAUGAGCACUGAAUCAUUUGCUUCUCUCGAAUUAUCUCAACCUACUUUUAACUCCAUCAUGGAUAUGGGAUUUCAACACAUGACUCAGAUUCAAGCAAGAUCAAUUCCACCACUUCUGAGUGGAAAGGAUGUUCUUGGUGCUGCAAGGACUGGUUCUGGAAAAACUCUUGCAUUUUUAAUUCCUGCUGUGGAGCUUUUGUACAAGCAUAAAUUUAAUCCUCGUAGCGGAGCGGGUGUUAUUGUCAUAUGCCCUACUAGAGAGCUUGCUAUUCAGACUCAUGAUGUUGCCCAGAAGCUUCUAAAGUAUCAUUCACAAACUCUUGGAUUGGUUAUUGGAGGUUCAGCUAGAAGAACCGAAGCUGAACACAUUGCUAAAGGGAUAAAUAUAUUGGUAGCUACUCCUGGCCGUCUUCUGGAUCAUCUACAAAAUACAAAGAGAUUUAUAUAUAAUAACCUGAAGUGCCUCAUUAUUGACGAAGCAGACAGGAUAUUGGAAGCAAACUUUGAGGAUGAAUUGAGGCAGAUUAUCAAGAUCCUACCAAAGGACAGACAAACGGCUUUAUUUUCAGCUACACAGACAAAGAAGGUCGAAGAUCUUGCUCGCCUGUCAUUUCAGACGGCUCCUAUCUAUAUUGAUGUAGAUGAUGGGAGAAAGAAGGUCACAAAUGAAGGGUUGCUUCAGGGUUAUGUGGUUGUUCCCUGUGCCAAGCGAUUUAUGGUUCUCUAUUCCUUCUUGAAGAGACAUCGAUCAAAAAAAGUUAUGGUCUUUUUCUCUUCAUGCAACAGUGUCAAAUUCCAUGCAGACGUUCUUAAUCACAUUAAUUUAGACUGUUCAAGUAUUCAUGGAAAACAAAAGCAGCAAACCCGGACAACUACUUUCACUGACUUCUGCAAAGCAGAAAAGGGGGUCUUGCUCUGUACUGAUGUUGCUGCUCGUGGACUGGACAUACCUGAUGUGGACUGGAUUUUGCAGUAUGAUCCUCCUGAUGAACCAAAGGAAUAUAUCCACAGGGUUGGUAGAACAGCUCGUGGGGAAGGGGGAAAAGGCAAUGCUUUACUUUUCCUGAUUCCUGAAGAAUUGCUAUUUCUUCGCCUUCUGAAGGAAGCCAAGGUUCCUGUGAAAGAAUAUGCUUAUGAUGAAAAGAAGGUGGCAAAUGUACAGUCUCACAUGGAAAAUUUGAUUACCAAUGAGUAUUAUUUGAACAAAAUGGCUAAAGAAGCAUAUAGAUCAUACAUAUUAGCAUACAAUUCACAUUCCAUGAAGGAUAUAUUCUGUGUUCAACGCCUUGAUAUGCAGGCUGUUGCUGCUUCAUUCUGUUUAACAAACCCUCCAAAUGUGACUGUAAACAUAAACAGCAGUAAGCAAAGGAAUAAAUCGCGUAAAGUUGAAAAUAGAAAUGGAUUCAGCCACAACAAUCCUUAUGGAAAGGGACUUGGUAAUGACAAGCGGCAGUUUGUGAGGUAUUAACGGCAAGCAUACGGCUUUAUGCAGAUCCAAAAAGUUUUGGUAGUAUCCCUAAUUUUGUACAAUUAGAUUUUAUUAGUCAAAUUAGUCAACAUAAGUUUAUUCAAGCAAUCAGAAUUUCCUACAACUGGAAAUAUGUCUCAAUAUUCCUACCUUGUACCUGAUUUAUAACACCCCAUGAUAUGUUUCCGGCUUGUAAUUGUUUUAUUGUUGUAAGUUGUAUCAUUACCUUUCAAAAUAGCCUCUGAAAAGCAAUGAGAAUUGAAUACUAUGCGUUCAACGGAGCAAUUUUUUGUUUAUUACCUUAACUAGAUAUAAACUUCUGUAUUGAGCA